UUUCACCGAAAUUAUACAAUUUAUUUCGUGUGAAUUCUGGUGGUAGCAACAAGAUGGCUGCCGGGCAGCUCACCACACCAGUUGAUAGCAGCCACAACAACAAUGUCACUGCUCAGUUUGAAAUCUUUCCCCAGUUUGUGCUCAGUUAUGAGUCUGUGUUGUUGUGUAGCCUUAUUCAAGAUGAGUGUAAAGGGCCAUCAAGUUCAAGAGAAAACAGUGGUGAUAAAAGAUUCCAUAAGGGAAUUACAUUGAACAUUAAACUUGAUCCCACAACCUCACCUCACCACCUCCUGCAGUACUCAACAUUGUUUCUGAUUCCAGAGUGGGCCUAUCUGAACACCCCAUCGGCUGCUGAGCCGGUGGGUACCCCGCAGGGAUCAAUAUAUGCAUUGAUGUCGGUGAUUCAACAUGAUUGAGACGGCAGGUCCACCUCGUGAGCUAGACCCCAGACUCGCCAUGUGUCUGGCUACAACCGACCACAACAGCAGUCGUCAGUUGU